AUGUCAAAAGAAGAUUUACUUCUCUUAGAUUUCUGGGUGAGCCCAUUUUGCAUGAGGGUAAAAAUUGCAUUUGCUGAGAAGGGUUUGACCUAUAUUUCUCAAGAGGAAGAUUUAUUAGGAGGCAAAAGUGAAUUGCUUCUAAAAUCAAAUCCAAUUUACCAAAAAGUUCCUGUUUUGUUGGAUAAUGGCAAGCCAAUUGUGGAGUCUUCAAAUAUUGUGUAUUAUAUUGAUGAGAAGUAUGCUAAUCAAAAUCCUUUGCUACCUUCUUGUGCUUAUGGAAGAUCCAGGGCAAGAUUUUGGGCUGACUGCAUUGAUAAAAAGGUCUAUGAAGGAGGCAUGGCUAUAUGGAGGAGUACUAAAGCAGACGAACUAGAGCUUGGCAAGAAGGAAUUUGUAGACAUAUUGAAGAAACUUGAGGGAGCUUUGGGUGACAAGGAUUAUUUUGGAGGUGACAACUUUGGAUAUAUUGAUGACAUAGCCAUUAGCAUGACAUGUUGGUUCCAUGCUUAUGAGAAAUUUGGAGGUUUUAAGGUUGAUGAAGAAUGUCCUAAAUUUGAUGCAUGGAUAAACAGAUGCCUUAAGAGGGAGAGUGUUGCUAGUGUCCUUCCUGACCCUGAAAAGGUGUACGAUUUUGUUGUCAUGCUUAGGAAAAUGCAUGGCAUUGAAUAG